UGGGCGGGACUUCCAGCUUUUUUGUCCUCAUGUUCCAAUAGGAGAGAGGCACCUUGUUUAUUUUAUGAGCACCUAAAGGCCAAGUCCUAUUUGAGGGGACUCAACCCAGUGGAUCCAUGCAGACUUGUGCCAAAAUGAAAGGACACGGCUCAGGACAUUUCCUGUGCAAAGUACACACUGCUUGACUUUUCAUUGUUAUGCACUAUGCACCGUAGCUCUCCACAGUGACUGCAGCCCUACAGUCGCAGACUUCAUGGCUUCAGGUGGAGCAGGGGAAGACGAUGGAGGCAUUCCUCUGGACAUUGACAAUGUGCACAUGCUCCUCCAAGUGGAGCAUGAACAGAUUCAGAAGAGGACUUUUACCAACUGGAUAAAUGCUCAGCUCUCUAAGAGAUGCCCUUCCUCCUUCGUGUCAGACCUCUUCGCUGACCUCAAGGAUGGAUCACAGCUGCUCGACCUGCUGGAGGUGAUGACAGGCCAGCCUAUGAGAAGACAGAGGGGCCGAGGAGUAUUCCAGCAGAGGGCCAACAUCGAGACAGCACUGAACUUCCUCAAGAAAAAAUCAAUCAAACUGGUGAACAUAAACACCCCAGAUAUCAUUGAUGGACGGCCCUCCAUCAUCCUCGGCCUGAUAUGGACCAUCAUCCUCCACUGUCAUAUUGAGGAGCUAGCCAGCACUCUCGCCUACAGCUCUUGUCAUUCCUCCCUUGACUCUCUGACCAGCCUGGACUCCUUCUCUGGCAGCCCGGUCCCAGCCAGUCCGGUCCCUGCAGGCCGGACAUCGCCUCUGCACAGACGCUUCCGAAUAUCUGCCAAGAAGGCCCUGCUGAUGUGGGUCAGGGACCAGUGCCAGAAGGUUGGUUGCUCUCUCAGUGUGAAGGACUUUAAGAAGAGCUGGAAGAGUGGCGAGGCUUUCUUGGCCAUCCUGUGCUCCCUCAGACCACAGCUGGUCGACCUCUCUCUGGUCCGGUCUGGAAGCAACCAAGAGAACCUGGAGGAGGCGUUUCACCUGGCAGAGAGAGAGCUCCACAUCCCCCGGCUGCUGGAGCCCCAGGACGUUGAUGUUAAAGACCCUGAUGAGAAGUCCAUAAUGACAUAUGUGGCCCAGUUUCUCCAGUACUCUAAUGACAUGCCAUCACCUGAUGACCACCUGCAGCUGUUUCCUCUGAUCGAGCCUUCUUCUCUCCCAACUGUCAACCUGUCUGCUCACUUUGCUCCGGCAUUCGCUGUCUCACCGUUACGCCAGGUCCCUCCAAGUGAGCGUGCCCAGGAAGUGACCUGUUGGCUGCAGCAAACCUACCAAGAGCUGCUAGAGGCUCGGACAGCUACAGAAAACUCAAGCUUUGCUGAAAGAUAUCAGGUGUUUCAGAGACUCGCUGACUCCUUCACUGAGCAAAGGAAACCAGUGAUGACCCUCCUUGCUGCCAUAAGACGCUGCCCUGAGCUGAGUCAGGAGCAGCGAGCUCUGAAGACGGCGUGGGAUGGCCUGGAAGAGGAGCUGCGGAAAUGUAAAGCAGACCUGGACUCAAGUCUUCCUCCUCCGCUAGACUCGGUUGUUGAUUGGCUGCAGCGUGUGGAGGCCGCGCUAACAGAAGAGGGAGGGAAACAGAAAGCUCAUGCUGAUGCUGCAAAGAAUGCGAGAGCUCAACAAGACAAGUUGAAGACUUUGAUGAAAGAGAUGAGGCAUCAUGUCAACAUCCUCGAUACCUUCAAAAACAUGGACAACUCAGGAAGCGUAGUCGUGCCACUUGAGAAAUUGGACGAGGUAAAAAGACGCUUAACUGAUGUCCGAGUCACAGCCAAGUAUCAAGGGAUCAAGCUGGAAUACCAGGAAUCGCGUCACACUGUGCUGGAUCUCUUGGGCCACAUUAAGGCUAAAAUUCAGAUCUGGAGAACUCCCUACAGAUCCCAGGAGGCAGUGACUCAGCUUCUGCAGGAGUGGCAUGAAUCAAUCAACCGCCAGGGCCAGCUUCUGCUCCUGAUGGACGCUCUCCAAAACCUGAAGGAGAAGGCCAAUGUUUACACCAGCAAGGCAGCGCUAAGUGAAGAUUCCCAGCUCAUCACUCGGCAAGUAAAGGAAGCAGAAAUCGAAGCUGAGACGGUAAAACAGAGUGUGACAGCUGUUAAAGGGGCGAUGGAGAGAGUGGCGUCUGCGUGGGAGACUUACAACAGCUGUAUGACCUCUCUGCGGACGUGGCUAGAACAGAGGACAGAUCUGCAAGACCAGAAUAUGAGCGAGUGGACAUCAUGUCAAGCGAGGUUAAACGAGGCGGGGAACCUGCUCAUUGAAGUGACAGAGUCUUCAACCAGCCGCGCUCUGGCAGAUCAGCUCAGCAAGGUCAACAUGCAGUGGGCUGAAUGCAUGAAGAGGACAAAGUUUGCAGUACCAUCAGAGCCCAGUGUCAGCCCCCUGUGUUCUCAAGUGGUGCAUUCACUGUCUCAGGAGGCCAGCCUGCUACUGAGACAGCCACUAGAAGUGGCCUCAGUCCCUCUGAAGGCGAACAGACAAAAACUACAACUGCUGAGUAAAAAGAUGACUGAGGCGAACCUUUCAUCUCUCAGUCCAUCCAAAGACCUCCAAUCCCCUCAGAUGCUUGCUGAAGCAGAGCGGGCCUGUGGAGAGCUGCAGAGGGCUGCGUCCAGGCUGGAAGGUCGGCUGGCCGAGCUGGACCACUGGAGCACCGAGGCCCUGGACUGUAACCAGAAACUGAAGAUGAAAGAGCUCAGAGGACGGCCUGCAGUGGAGUCUACAGCCAAAGUCCUUUUGUCUCGAGGCUUGCAGCUAGAGAAACAUGUUGUGACUGAAGGACAGGACCUUCAGGACCUUGUUACAAAACUGCAGAAGACCUCUCCUCUGCAGCACCUCUGUACUUCUAGCAUACAGGACAGGACCUCUGAGGCUGUCUCCCACUGCCAGGAAAUUCUUGGAAUGUUCAGCCCUGUUAAGUUUCAGCGUCCUGUUGGAAAACCUCAAGGGACUCAGAAGCAGACAGAGUCAGGGUCCAUUGUUGUGGCCAGAACCAAACAUGUUGACCGGAUUGGGAAUGUUUUGCUGCAAACCCAGGACCCAAAUCAGGUCAAAGCAGAGGUGACAACUCGGAGAAUUAAACCAUGGACAAAGGGUCUCCAGCAUGGUAACACAAAGGAUCAACCAUUUGUUGUCAUCCCCCAAGUCCAAGUCCAAAAGCAGCCUCAGCCUUUAAAGGAAGCUGUAAUUCAGUCCCCUCUCGCUCAAACUGUAAAAGAAGCUGAAUCCAAACCAAUAAUUCGUCCUCCAUCAUUUUCCAAAUCCCAGCCUCAAGCUCCGAGUCCCAGACAAAAAGAUCAACCUCUCCCUGCUGUUACCCGAGCUCCUGUUGGACCAACAUGUGCAACAAGUCCAGUUCUGUUGAAACAUGUGACAAGUCCAGUCUCAGGGGGAAAAGAAAGCUCACCCCUCAAUAAAUUCAAAGUCCGAUUUCAAAGCCAACCACACGCCGCUCCACAGAGUGACAAAAAACCUCCACUGCCACCAGUCAUGGACCGCAGUGAGGUUCAUUCAAAAGCCCAGUCGAUGGCAAAGAGCAGACUGCUGAAGGCAAGGUCUCAUCUGCAAGGACGCAUCCAGCAGGCCAUCAAGCUGUUUGGAGGCAGAGAUAUUUCAGGGUCAGAAGCCAAGAAGAAACAGAGAGCUUUAAAGGUUCUGCAGCCUGCCGUCCUUGAGGAGUUCCUGGGUGCAGUGGAGGGUUUUGGGGCCUUUUGCACUGGGCCCCACCUCCAGGAGUUGAUGCUCCUCUCUGACUCAGUCAGAAAACAGUGGGAGGAUGUACGCAGAGAAAUGGCUGUCUUUGUUCCCCUCUUCUGUUCUAAGAUCAGAGAGGGAAAGCAGUCAUUCAAUGUUGUACAAAGUGAAACACAAACUAACAAUCUGCACGAAGCCACUGACCAGACUGACCCUGACUGUUUGCUGCAGCAGCAGGCCGUCAUGGAUGAAGAAGCAUCUGAGGAGGAGAGAGCUGAGUCACUCCACCAGCUGAGUGACACACUGAUGCCAACAGAUUCCUCCUGCCUGACAACAGAGCAGCUGAAGGAGUCCGAUGAAGUACAAGAAACUCAACCCAGUGACACAAUGCUGCAAUAUGACAGGGGACAGCAGCUCCGAGGAAACACCCCGCUGAGAGCGACUGGCACGUUGGCCGACACACAGCGGAGCAGCAAUCUCCCGCAGAAACAAAGCGCUGACAACCCACAGAAAGACCUGUCAGCCAUGGGCACCGCUGUGUCAGUGCAGCCCUCUAGUGAUAUCUACAGGGUUCAAGCUCAGGAUGUGCCAGCAGAGAGGGAAGAUUACCUGAGACAGAGCAAUAGCUGUGCGUCUGGGAGGACUCUUAAACCUGCACUAAGAGCCAAAGAGCAGCAGCUGACAGCUCGUGUGCUGAACAUCACAGAGAGCGAUCGGCCAACCCAGGCUCACAUACAGGCUGUUGUCAGGGGCAACACUGUCGAGACCAAGCAGGAGCCAGAGUGGACCGUCAUCCCAGAGACAGGCGUCCUACUACAGGAUGAGCACUCGUCUGAACAGGAAGCACUAGAAAGGUACAGAAAGUGCUGCGCCGUAUUUCAGUCCAAACUUCAGAAGAACAAACAACUUAUAGAAGAUUUCAUCCCAGAGCCUGUCACUGUGUCCAACCUGCAGAGCCACAAGAAGCAACUACAGACUUUAAAACAGGAGACAGAUGCACUGUACUUUGAGUGUGAGCUCCAGCGUGCCCAGCUAUCCCAGUACACCCAGCUGAUUAACGGCAGAGAUAAAGGUGGAGUGGAGAGCGACUGGGAGCAGCUGACUCAGCAGUGGAGAGGUCAACAAAUGUGCUUACAGAGCAGGAUGACAUCUCUGGAGAGUACUGCCGAUCUGCUGGAGUCUGCAGACGCUCAGAUAGAACUGAUAACAGAAAAACUGGACCGCAUCAUCAGAAGACCUGUUGACAUCUCCUCCUCCACCCAGACUGAACCUGGAUUUUUAUCUGAUUUACAGGAGAUAAAUGACAGCCUGCAUGCUGAACUGAAAAAGCUAUCUGAAGAAGAACGAUGGGGGCUUGAAGCCACAUUUCCCUCCUCCCUCUACCAGGCUCUCCAAAACAAUGUCCAUCAUCUGGAGCAGCUCAGACAGCGACUGGAGAAGGUCCAGACAGCUGCCCGGGCCCUGGAUCACUUCCUGGUCACGGUGAAGGAAGUCAACACAGAGAUCCCAUCCCUGCUGGCAGAGCAAGACCCUGGCAGUCAGCAGAACGAGGCAGACCGGGAGCAGGAGAGGCAGCCUUGGCAGCGGAAGUUGCAGACGGCUGCGGAACAAGCUGACAGCAUUUUAAAGGCUGCGGGGAUGACUCUGAACAUGGAUGGUUUAGUGGUGAAAUGCCAGGAUGUGGUGACAUCAUUGUCCAAGCAAGCUGAGGAGAAAGAGCCGAUGAGGGCCAAGAAGAAGGAGAGAAAAAAUGAAAUCUUUAUGAUUGAACGAGAAGAAAAACAGGAGUUAGGAGAUCUGAAUACGAUGGAGAUACAUCACACAAAGACAUCGUAUGAUUCGCAAGAACAGGAGGAGAAAGAGGAGGAGGGAGCGAAAGAGCAGGAGCAGGAGCAUUCGUCUCAAAGUGUCACGGAAGAGGAGUCAGAGUUGGAGGCCAAAAAGAGUCGGCUGGAAGGAGAUACUGAAACAAAUACACAGAGGGAGAAAGAGCAAAAAGCUCAGACACUGAAAUCUGACACGGGAGUCAUAAAAGCGAAGGAAGGGAAAAGAAGACGAAAAAGAGGCAAGGUUAAGAAAGAGGAAGGGGAGAGGGAGAUGUUGGUCCAGAGAAGAGAGGCUUUGUUGGGAGCACUGAGGGAGAUAGAGGGAGCAGCUGAACAGCUGGGAUUAAAGGAGCCUACCAUGCCAGCUCUGCAACAGAGGAAACGUGCCUUCAAAGAGCUUGAAAGUCAACUCUCCGACCAACGUGCUGAACUUCAGAACAUCCAACAAGCGUCUUCACAAUCAGGAACCACAGAUAAAAGCCAGACCAGAGAGGUGGAGGAGGUCCUGAAGGAGACGACGAAGGCUGUUAAUGAACGGCUGGAGCAAUGCAACGUCUUAACAGAGCUGCUGAAGAGGUUUCAGAGCAUCCGUGGAGAGCUGAGUGGGACCUUACAGAAGGCAGAGAGCACCAUCAGUGAACAGGCCUCCUACAUGGGGAAAGACAACCUGCAGAGACUACACACUAAGGUCCAGGAAUCUAAAGCCGCAUUAAACGGUCUCGGGGACAGAAUAGAGGAGGUCCGGAGCGUUUGCAGGCAGCUUCACACUCAUCUACGUCAGAUCCCAGAGUGCAGCAGCAUCCCCUUUGAUGGUGAAGCAGAUGCUCUCAUGGAUCGCUGGCUAGAUAUAUCAGAAAGAACAGAUUCUCACCUUGAAAACCUCCACCGCAGCCUGUCUCUGUGGGACGGGGUCCUCCAGCUGGGAGGAGAGGUGGAGAGCUGGAUAGCCAAUAAACUAUCAGUGUUUGCUGAGUCUCCAUCCUUUCAGACAGAGGAGGAUGUUACAGCUUUGCAGAAUGAGAUUUCAGCUCAAGAGGAGAAUAUGGAGCGUUUCCACAGAAGAGCAAGCGAGGUGCAGACACUGCUUCAGAGCACAGAGCCUCCUCUGGAGCUGCAGGUUGUGGAGACCCAGAUGAGGAAGAAGGUAGAGGAACUGAAGGAGCUUACCUCUGAAGCCGAGGAUGUGUACAGGCAGAUGGUGGCUACUAAGGGACAAAUUGCUGCCAGGAUGUCUGAAUGCACCAACUCCCUCCAGAGGAUCCAGGACUCCCUCCUCACUCUCAGUGGUCCAGAUGUUACAACAGUCCUCGCAAAAUUAAAAGAUCUACUGUUUGAGCUCCAGGCUCAGGACGAGCAGGCGGAGAGUGUGCUGGAGGACCUGCAUGUCAUUUCCUCCUUAGCGAGCUCAGUCAGCCUGCAGAGUGUGUCUGCGGACGGGAUCCAGCUGCAGGAGAAAGUCCGACACACCCACCAGCUCUUCUCUGAGGUGGAGGAACAGACCGAGAGGAACAUCAAGGCUCUCGACAGGCUUUCAGAAGGAAAUCGAACAUUGGAACAAUGGCUGAAAGCAGUCGAGGAGAAAGCGGCAAAUAAAGAAGACGUUAGUGUCCUGCAAGAGGAAGUGCUGCAACAGAGGGGGAGGACAGAGGACAUACACCAGCUUGUGUCAUCUCUACAAAACAGCACCCUUCAGAAGUCUGCUCUGGUGGAAGAGGGCAGAAAACUGCUUGAAAAAUACAAUCACUUUUUCACCAAUGUUCAGCACAGCUCCUCUGAGAAGCAGAUGGAUUUACAAACACCUCAGACUCUUUCAAAACCCACUGAACCCUCAGUUGAAGAGCUGAGAAAAUCUGUUGACUCCCCUGUAGAUUCGCGGAAACCAGAGGAUGAGAAAGUUGAGCCUGCUCUGGCUGUGAUAAGAGCAAUGGAAGGAGAAGAGGCUCGCCUUGAAAAGGAAACCUGCCUCGAGGACGGUGUUUGUAAUGAGGAGCGUUUUGCCCAGUUAUUCCAGGAGUUCCAACAAAAGCUGACGUCCCUGCAGGAAAGGUUGUCAGCAUGUCAGCCAGCCCAUAAAGAUAGCUCGGCUGCACUGAUCACUGAUGCACCAGCUCUGCAGGGCUUGUUACAAGAAGUUACAGACAUGGAAAGAGAUCUGUUACAAAUUGUUACACUCAAGGACUCUAUCGCAGUCAGAUCCACAGCUGAGGCCCAGGACAGCCUCUCCCUGCAGGUCAGCAACCUCCAGAACCACAAGAGGGCACUAGAGGACAGCAUCAGGGGAAAUCUGACUCUGCUCACAGAGAACGGAAACCAGAGAGUUAUACAAUUUGGUCAAGGUCACUGUGAAGAGGAAAAAGACCAAGAUGUUCCCAGUGGAGUGGUUAAAGAAGCAUCAAGAAGUGAGAGAGACACACCACAUUUAGAUGCAUCCAUGCAUCCUCCUGCUUCUCCUGCCCAUCCUGCAACAGACACCAAAGAAUACUCUGCAAGUGAUCAGAAUUACAACAAAAUCAAAACCAAAGGAGACAAAGAAGAUGCUGAGGAAUUCCCAGCUGGAGAUAUCAUCAAAUUAAAAACCCAGCAGGAACCACAACAGUUUAAAUCAGCUCCACCGAAUACAAAAACAAACCUCCAGACUCAUCUCGGACUAAGAGAUAGUCCUGACACAUUGAACACUGACAGCAGUCCUUUGAGAAAUGAACAUGUGACACCUCCCGGAAAUAACACAGAGCCUGUAAAGUCUGAUUUGAUUCUUACUUCCAACACAAGUUUAAUAGCCCAGAAAGCAGAGCUGGAUGACACCACCUUCACUCAGGACCCAAAAUUGUCAGCCGCGGUUGCAGACAGUUCCAAAGACUUCAAUUCAGCACCUUAUGUCACAUCCCUUGCUGGAUCUGCACCCAUAAAUCCUGAACACGUUCCAUUUUUAUCCCUGAUGAUGUCUGAACAUCAAGCAGCACAACCGGGGACGGUUACAGACGUCCAAACACAACAGAGACACAGUGAGGAUGGCCCUGUUAGUCCAAAGAAAGUGGUUACUAUAGUGUUAGAGAUGGAUCCACAGGACAUGAAGGUUGAUGAAAGUAUGAGUCCAGGUGUGUUUGAAUGGCCUCAGGGAGUUUGUCAGACAGAGGUCACUCCAAGUGUUGGAUAUCCUGAGGAGAAAUUUUGGACUCUUUUUCAUCAAUACUCAGUCCUGAUCUCAAGUGACAGACUCACUCUCAGAAAACCUCUGCAGGUAGUUUCUACAGACCUGGAGGAUGUGAAGCCUACAAGUGCCAAUGUAUCAUUCCAGGCUACCCAUGAGGUAAUGCACAAUGAGGUCUUAAAUUCCUCCAAAUCAUGUGUCAAUGUUGCUGAACGUCAGCUCACCGGUGCACAUGCAGCAGGAACGACGUUUCCGGAUGUCAGACCGGAGGAGAUGACAGAUUUCUGUCUGGCUGAAGGGCAAACAAUGAGCUCAGUCUCCUGCAGUGAGGAGGGAGACGUUUCAACAGAAACACAAACACCUGCCAGUGACAAUAAACAGCGGAGUGUUGCACAGAGCACAGGAGCAGGAGAGAUAACCGGCCUUGAACUCCCAGAAUGCAAACUUUCAAGACGGGAUGACGUGACUCUGCCAACAGACGGAGGUGAAUGGAUGGCUGCUUCACUGGAGGACUCAGAGGAGACACACUCUCAGCCUCAGAUCCAGGAGAGCAUGGAGCCUGAGAGGACAGCACCGAGUUUGAAAGCUGAUCUGCUCACUGGGGAGACAGCAGGUGGAUCACCUGAGACCUGCAAACUCAAGUCCACCAUGCAGGAUAUUUUGACUGAGAUCCAGAGCUUGGUGGAGAAGAGUAACAUCAUAAAUCGAACACCACACAUUGAUUUAAGUUGGUACCUGAAGUCGUCUCCGGGUGAACCAGAGAUCCGAUUAAUACGAACUGUGCAGAAAGUUCUAGCAUGUCGUUAUCAACCAGCACAGCUCGACGUCACUGCAAUGACCAAACAGCUGCAGGAGGCAGAGGGCUACAGGCAAACUGUGCAGGAACAAGUGGCUGCAAUGAAAAGCAUGAGUGGUUCCAGGACUUGCACUGCGGAUGCCUUGAAAAGCAUUGAAGGAGAGUGUAGUGCUGCUUUGCUGGAUGCCUCUGCCACAGUGCAGGUGAAAGCAGCACAGCUGGAUCAGGUCAAACAGUAUCAGAAACAGAUGAAGAUCAUCAGAGCUUUCUUGGCUGUUGUUGCAGUUGAGAAAGAGAAAAUGAGCCUGGAUACUUUGGGAAGCAGUGACCUCCAAGCAAACAAACUCCCCGGCCUCCUGCAAACCAUGGUGCUGAAGAAAGGCAUGAUGAAGGAGCUCCUCCGGAUUAGCAGCCAGUUAUCCGUCCAUCUGAGCGACGCUGAGAGUUCAGGUGCUCUUCUUGCUCAGCUCGGAGAUGUCCAGGAGGAGUGGAGGCUUUUAGAAGGAAGUAUCAAAAGAGCUCUGCAGCAUGCCUCAAGCUCCACCUCUCAAUCCUCUCUUCUGAUAAAAGACACUAAACAGCUAAAAGCCCAACUGAAUGCCCUUCAGAUGUCCGACUUUGAAAACAGCGACAACAAAAGUGCUUUAGAGUUCGUGUGUCUGACCACAGACCUCAAACUUUACAACCAGCUCUAUCUCCACCUUCAAUCCGAGUCAGACGCUCUUAUUAAUUUCUCUUUGGGCCAGAAAGAGAAGAGUGAGAUCAAGCAUAACCUUCAGGAAGUGGGGUCCUUGCUGAAUGUCACCAAGAGCAAGAUGGACGUUUCAACGUACAGCUCUUCUGGGGGGAUGAACAAACAGUUACAAGACUUGAUCACAUGGGCCAAGCAGGCAGAAAACCACAUCUCCACAGGGAAGAAGUUAGCUCUUUUCCCAGAGGAGGCUCGGAUCCAGAUCGUUGAGAUGAAGAAAUUUCAAACGGAUAUUUGGUCCCGGAGGUCCAAGAUGCAGGCUGAAGUUGAGCAGAUGAAAGAUAUCGCCUCUGCUGUAGAAAAGGAGGAAAGCGACCAAGUAUUAAAGACCGUACAAGACCUGUAUGAGGCCAUCGCUGACAGCUUGGACCAUGUUCUUGAUACCAUGAAGAAAAAUCUGAAGGAGAGGGAGGAAAUGUUAUGCCAGCUUGCUAGCAUGGAUGCCUGGCUUGCGGAAAUGCAUGCUAAAAGAGACCCCUGUGUGCAUGUGGACAACGUUUCCAAAGCUGACAUCAGAGAGCUGGAGAGCGAGCUGAAAAGUCACACAUUUGCCACGGUGAAGAUAGAGAGCACGAUAAAACUUGUGGAGGAAAUGGCAGAAAGAUGCAAAGAAAUAGCCGUGGGGUUGAGUCCAGGAGAGAGCCGCUACCUCGUCAACAGACUGUCAGGCCUUUGGACAGAGUUAGACGGAUUGCUCGCUCUUGAGAAAGCAACCAGCUGGGAGUUAGAGGAGCUGAUUCACGAGAGAACCUCUUCAGACGAGGAGUUAUCCACCAUCCAGGCUAGCUUAAAUCAAAUCUCCACUGAUCUGGCACAGCAGAAGUUCCCUUUAACACAAGAAACCAUUUCAAAGAUUGUUCAUUUGAAGCACAUGCUAAUGGAGCACCAGUGUCAAGCACAAGAACUUCAGCACUGCCAGGAAGCCAAACGAAGCUCUCUGUUGUGCACCAUUGGCGAGUUGCAAGACCAAUGUAAAGCUCUCAGUACUAAUGCCUUUGAACAAGAGAAAUAUCUGCACCUGAGGAGCCAAAUGGAGGAAUCUAGAGACAUCGCCGAAGAGCAAAUCCAGCGUGCCAAAGAUAAAGGAAUAAGUUUGGGUCAGAGGUUCAGACAAUGUCAAACGCUACUGGUCGAACUCCCCUUGGUGAAGACACAGUGCCAGGAAGCGGCAGACCAGCUGGAGGCCAUAGCUCAGGAGCUGAAGCCAUCUGAGCUCGAUGCAGAGAGGCAGAGGAUUUGUCAGAGUGUGCAAACUUUAGUCUCCUGGGAGGAUUCUGUCGCACACGAUAUCAAGACUCUAGAGGCCAAGCUUCUGCUAGGUCUGCGUUUCUCUUCUGAGCUUCCAGCCUUAAUGGAGUUCUUCCGGGGAACAAGAGAGGAGCUGCAGGAGGCCGAACAUGUACAUCCAGAGGAAAAAGCCAUAGAUGUUGCACUUGGAAGGUGUUGGGUUAUGUGGAGAAAUAUGGAGUCUUGGAUGAGGGUCUUGGAAGGCCUGGGACGAAAAGAAAAGAUCAACCUGAACAGAUGCAAGGAAGUGUUCUCUCUUCGAGAUGCAGCCAUGAAAGAGUGCCACGCGAGAAUGGAGAGUCUAUCCCAAGCUCGAGAGUCCUUAAAAGAUUACCAAUGGGCUGCUCAAGGAGCAAUCGGUUUCCUUCACAACGCUGAAGCCACCUUCCUCUCAGCUCCUGGAGGGUUUUUGGACUGUACCGAGGAACAAAGACAGACUCAGCAGGCUCUGGAGGCUCUUGAGGAUGGGUUCCAGGCUCACAUCCGCCACCUGUUGGAGCUGGUACCCGAACAACCAUGCCUCUCUCGAGCAAAGACCGAGCAGCUCCACAUCGGCAUCUUCAGUCAGCUGUUGGUGGGAAGAGCCAUACUCGAGGCUCAAGCUCAGCUCAGGCUGGAGUCCCUACAGAGCUGUGAAGUAAGACAACAAAGCCACAGGAAGUGUCAUGAGGACAUACGUCAGCGUCUCUCAGGGCUUGAAGCUCAGCUUUCAGAAUGUGCUGCAGAACAAGUGACAUCAUACGACAAAUGUGUCGCCCAGCAGAAAAGAGCCAAGCUUCUGAUGGAAGAUCUUCGCAGCCUCUCCAGUAAAACUGAAGAACUCAGAGCCGGGUGUCCGAUGCAGGGCUGUGGGGUCGGAAAGGACGGCGAGCUGGGCGCCCUCUGGAGGCGCUGGGUGUCAUUGCGUCGUGGUAUUGGCCUUCUGAUGGCACACACCGAACAGAGAGGAGAGGAGUGGAAGGACAUCACUACUAGUAUGGAGCAGUGUUGCAGCUUCUUGGCCAGUCUUCAGGCCAAGGUUCCUGACUCCUCAGCUGUGAGCUUCUCUCAGGAGGGACCUCAGGAGCUUCUGGCUCAGGCUGAGAUGCACCAGGCCGGGCUGGAGCAGGAGCAGCAGGCCCUGGCCUCCCUGGAGCACCGACUGGAGCAUGCCUUGAGCUUAUCUACAUCCCAGGCUCCCAUCAGCCCUGGACCUGUCGGGAAAACCCUUGUGAAGAUCCAAGAGAAUGUCAGGAGCUUGAAGGAGAGAAACCUGCAGGUGGUGGCUGCAGCUCAGGCAGAGGAGAAAGAGAGGCAGCAAGUCCAAGAGGAGAUAGAAGAGGUGGAGCAACAUGUGAUGGCCAUUCUUACCUCACUGAAGGUUUCUUCAAAUCCUCUCAAACAACAGGAGCUCAGAAAGGACUUGUCCACCCAGAAGGCCAAACUGAAGCGCAUCACAGACAGAGUGCAGAGCCGGUAUGGUGAGAUACCAGCUGACAUCAGCAGAAUGCUCCAAGGAGUCCAGCUUUCUCUUCAAGGAGAAGAGGAGAAGCAGCUCAUGAAGAUGAGCAUCCCAGUUCAGAAGCUGAACCGUCAGGUGGUGGAGUUGGGUUCUGGUCUGGAGAAAGUCAAAAUGUUACUGGAGAAGAAGAGUCCGACAGUUACUGAAGCCCAAAGUCUACUCAAGCGUAUGUGGGACGAGUUGGAUGCGUGGCACAGCCGUCUUAUGAUCCUGGACUGCGAGGUGCAGGAUCUAGCAGAGGAGCAUCCAGAUCAAGCCCACUUACUGAUGGACCAGCUCAACCAACCGCUGCAGCUCUACCAGAACACGGCCCAGAUGGUCGAGCAACGCACCGCCUUCCUCAGCAAGAUCCCCAGCUGUCUUCAGGAGUUUGAGGACAUUGUACUCAGCGCCACCUGCUGGUUGGACGAGGCCCAGUCAUGGCUCAGUGCUCCCUGUUCAUUCGCAUCAGCCAGAAGUCUGCAGAAUCAUGCAAACUCGCUGCAGCUCGUCCUCGAUGACUCUGAGAGGAUCAGGUGCGCCCUGCAGGACUUUAGACCAGUCCUUGAUGAGAUCUCUGCUGUGUGCGACAUGAAAACCCAGGAAGAGAAGCUGGGCCAUAAUGACCAACAGGUCCACAAAAUGCAAAGCAAGGUCCUGGAGCCACUGGAGCAGCUUCUGCAGUCUGUAGGGGCGGUGGAGGAAUCUGAAAUAGAGCUGAAGACAAUGGAGAAGAAUGUGCAGAAGAUCAGAGCCAUAUUAUCCUCCAUGGACAACACAGACAUCAGUCUGACAGAGCAUCUGCAAAACAGACAGGUGAUCCUGGCCAACGUGCAGUCAAUGCAGAGGACACUGGAGGAGAUGGAGAGAUGCAAAGGAGAUCUGCAGCUUCCAAAGGGAGCAGAGGAGAGCCUGCUCGUCUUCUCCAGAGCCAGGCUGCUGCUGCAGCAGCUGAAGGAGCUGGAGCAGCUCACCCAGCAACAAAGUAUACUGCUGGAGGACAAGAUUACAGAGGAGGAUGACGGCUCACAAUUAAGUGUGAUCGAGCAGGAGGCUUUUGAGUUGUCUAACUCAGAGGAAGAGGAGGAUGAGGAGAACAAGAGUUGUCACUCAUGGUCGUCCUCUGACACACUAACAAGCAGUAUUCCAGAGGACCCAGAGGAGACACAAGGCGCCUCAGACGUGCAAAGAAAGGAUAACACUGAAACUGAGCCACUGAAAGAAGUUAAGAAACAGGAGAGUCUAACUGGUCAGAUUUCUCCUGAAGUUGAGAUGAACUCAAAAGCUGCUGAAACAGAUCUUUUAUCUGUAAAGUCUGAGCUCAGUUCAAAAGACUCUGCAUCCGAUAAAGUUGAUUCUGGAUUAAUAACUAUGGAUUCCAAUGCUGCUGAGGGAGCACUUGGUCCUGAAAAUGUGACGACUGAGUCUCUUGUCACUGUGGCUGAAGAGGAGGUUACCGCUGCCGUCGCCACGCUGGACCAACAAGGAUCCCCAAAACACCAAACACCAAACACAGACUACGAAACAGAGCUGCCUCAGGCAGAAGCUGCAGUGGAGGACAUGCAAGUGAUUCCUGCAGGACCUGACAGAAAAGCAUCCGAGGACUUUAACAACGCAGGAAAAAAACAGUCCACAGAUUCCCCUCAAGAUAUGGAUCCUCUGACAGUGUUGAAUGAGCAGAGUGAAGUCAACUCCACUCAGAGGAGGUUUCAGGAGGAGUCCCAACAAUUUGAGGAAUCGUCCAAAGUGCAGAUGAGCUUGGCUGGACAACAAGAAGAAGAGGACACCGAGCAGCUGAGGUGGAGUCGACUUUACAACCAGAUCUCUCAAAAGCUGACCACUCUGAAAAAAGUGAAGGAGAAGCAUCAGGCUCCGAUCAGUUCAAAGGAUGGAGUGACUCAUGAAAAGAACCCAGUCAGAGGGAUGUCUCCAGGAUCUGCUCCUGCUGUCCUCCAUCAGACAAACGAGUCCAUCUCUGCACUGAGACAACUCUCUGUGAGUUCUGCAGCAGGUUCAGAUCCAGGGGUGAAGAAGGAGUUGUAUGAGGCAGCGCGGAAGGUCCUCCUCAGUCUUGAUGCCCUGACUGACCUUCUGUUGACCCCUGGUGUCUCUAGUGAAGAUGAUCCCCAUCUAAGACUAAUACAACAUGAGUGUGUGUCAGCUGAGCUGGUGACUGUGUCUGAGAUGUUGAGUAAAGUGGAAUCAGACAGCAUACCGGUGCUUUCCAGUGAAGAACCAGAAGCUCUCCACUGUCUGACUUCUCUUCAGGACUGUCUUCACACAGUCCAGCUGGUCUUCACCUCUUCGAAAAGCCAGCUCAUUGAACAACUGGGCAUCACCCACCCACACCAGGAGCUUCCCUCGAAUCAGCUGUUUAUUCUAGACGAGUCUGAACUGGGAAGAAGGGACAUAUUCCCAAGCAUUGAGGAUGCUCCUAAUGUGGAGCAGUGUGUGCUCGGCAGACAUCUGAGGGAGGGUCCAGGGGAAAAAGUCAGACUACAGCAAGCCUCCCGGUCCUUGCUUCAGGGGACGACUCGCCUCCUGGUGCUGGGUGAAGAAUGCAUCACUGAGAGGCAGAUGAACCAGGUCCACAACCGCAGCCAACUUCAAGCUGUCCUCUGCAGACAUAAGAAGCUCCUGCAGGUCCUCAGAUCUCAGUCGGCCUUUGUGCAGCACUUGUUCCGGCGUGAGCCAAAAGCGCUCGAGUGUCAAGAGGGUGAGCGGGUCCAGCUGGAAGUCAGAGCCAAAGCUUUGCAGCAACAGGCUCUGGAACACCAAGUGGCUUCUCAAAGGAGGAUCCAGGAGUGGACGCAGUGGGAGGAUAAUUGCGGUCGACUUGGCAGGCUGUUGGAUGAUGUUGAAGCCUUCAUCAGCAGUGAGGAACCGGAGGGAGAUGAUGAGAAGUCGGUACAGGAUCGACUUGGGCUUUGCCAGCAAACACUGGUCCAGCUAGAUGAGAGCAGAGCUGCUUUAGGACUGCUGCUGGAUCAGAAAAAGGUGCUGCAGACGGAGCCCACGCUCGCUGCCACAGUUAGUCACACAGGAGGCGCCCUGGAGCUGCGAUGGCAGAGGGCCUACAGGUGGACGGAGCAGGAGAUUCAACACUGCAGAGACAUCAAGGACAGCCAGACCAGGUUCCAGACUGACUUUGCCUCGGUCAGUGAUUGGCUGAUUGGUGCCAACAAACGCCUGAAGAAUUGGUCAAACCUGGCCGACACAUCCGACCUGAACACGGAGAGCGUCAACAACAAUCUGAUCGAGCUGCUGGACUUCUACACAGAGGUUGAAUCCAUGUCAGUGCAGAGGGCUUCUGUGUCCAGGGACGCCUCUCACCUUCUCCACCUGAGGGAGGCGGACUGUCCCGGGCUGAGAGCUAAACUCAGCCAGCUGGAUGGCAACUGGAGCCAGCUGACCUCUGAUCUGGCCAAGAUUCAAGACAAGCUGCAGCAGCGUCUGCUGGCAGCAUGGCCACCAAUGAAGCUGCUGUGUGACCUAGAUGUGCUGCAGAAGCAGGAAGCUCGACUGAACCAGGAAACAGAAGCUGUGCACAAGGCCGAAGAUGCUGCACAGAUCACUGGAAUCCUAAAGCACUACCAGGUGUUACAGGCAGGCAUGGUCAACGGGCAGCUCCUCCUUGAUUUCCUGUGCCAGUCCGGGCCUCCGGUGAUUGGAGCAGACAUCCAGGCUUUCCGCUCUGAACGGACAAAGUUUGCAGAGAUCCUCGGUGCCCUCAGACUGAAGUGGUUGCACGUUCAGAGAGAGCUGGAGAGCCAGAUUCGUGAAGCUGAGCAGAUACAUCACAGUUGCGCAGACAGAGAGAGGCGGCUGCAGCAUCUUCACGGCUGGAUAGGUCACGAGAAGCAGCUGGAUCACUGGAAGCAGCCGACAGGUCAAGCUGUGGCGCGUAAGCUCUGCUGGACUUCCUCUGAUGCUGCUCUGCUUUUCUUCCAGGCUGCUGCGGGCAGAGUGACGGAGGUGGCUGCAGACUUUGCAGAAAUUGAAACUGAAGCGAGUGUGCGUUGAAAAGGAAAAGAUUACCCUUGUGAUGUCCUCUUCUCUGCACGGACAGAGAUAGCUUGUCUGGCAUGUGAGGAUCUUAAUCAACAGAUUGAGGCUCUAAGACCAGCUCUGCAACAGACUGUGGAGGAAUGGGGCAGUUUCGACAAAGACCUGAAGGCAGUUUCUCUACACACCACUGGGGUGCGCUGUGCUCUGCAUCAGCGACCUCCUCUGCUCUCACUGAAGCAGGCAGAAGGAGACUGGGACCUCCUCCAGCAACUGCAAGAAAAGAUCGGAACAGAGGGUGAAAUAUGGGCUGCUUUGGAUAAAUCCUGUCCAAUCCUUGUGAAGAAUCUUCAUCCUGGAGCUGCACAGGCUUUGGCUGAGCAGACCGAAGCUGAGGGGGAAACGGUCAGUGGCCUGAAAGAUGUGAUGCAGGAGCUAAAGGAUGAGCACACAAAGACUGCAGAGACGCUUUCCCUCUGGCAGCAGUACACUGAGCUCUCUGAGCGGUGCGCUCUGCACCUGCAGGAACUGAGGCAUCAGUGGGAGGAGCUGUUAACAUCCUCACCUCAACAGAACACACAGGCUGAGGUGAUCUCAAUGGAGAAGUUGCAGGAGGCUGCUGAGCAUUUGCAAAGCAGCAUGGGAGAUGUUCUCUCAGCCUCCAAGCCUGUAAUUGGACGACUACAACCUUUGGCUGCAAAUCUAAUCCAAUCAGACACUAGAUUGCUGUCACGUGACGUCCUCCUGCUGAGCCGGGCAAUUUCAGGAAAACAGAAAAGUCUUAAGGAGAGUUCGGAGCAGCAGAAGCUAUUUCAUGCUCGCUUGGAGGCCGUGGAAAGACAGACACAGAAGAUCCAGAAUAAACUAAAGGCCAGUCCGACUGACACCUACUCUGUGAAGCAGGUUCUCUCGGAGCUCAGUGACCUGUUUGCACCACUUGUUGAAGUCAGAGAGAUGAGUGGUUACGGGACUCUCAACAACAUGGAGACAGAGAGACUGCUCACAGUCAGCAGGCAAUGGAUUGAAAGCAUGACUUGCGUCUCUGAGAUGAACAGACAGCUGCAGGCUGAGCAUCAACACUCCCAGAGUUUUCAGGAGAAGUGUGAGAGCCUCACGUCUCUCCAGAAGAAUCUCGAGGAGGAGAUGACGUCCAAAAAACCUCACAGUUACUCCAGCCUACAAGACAUGCUCUCUGCCAAUCAGAAGCUUGAGGUUGAGAUGAAUGUUGGACACCAGCUUCUGCAGGCUCUUCUCUGUCAUGCAGUCGAGUCCAUGGAAAAAGACACAGGAGAUAAAAGAUCUAAACUCAUUGAACAAGUGACUCAUGUAAGGGAGAGUUGGAUCAACACUGUGGCUCUGGCUGGCCAGCACAGGUCCACAAUAAAAGAACAAGUGGGCAAGUGGAGAGUCUACAACCAUGGCUCCAAACUUUUGCGUAAACUGUUGAAGGAUGUCGACCCCUUGCUGCCCACUGCUGGAUCCUCUCUGUACACACUGCAUCAGCUGCAGAGCUGUGCAGAUGACUCCGAGUGUGUUGAAAAGGCUCUGGGUCUGCACACCAUCGUUUACAAUCAGACAAUGGAGGCUGGAGGACAUUUGUGUGACGGUAUGACAGAAUGGAGUCAGAGUCAGCUGCGGUCAGAGAUGCAGGACGUUCAGGAGGCCUGGAAUCAAACCACAUCACUGCUGGAGGGGAGAAGAGAGUUGGUCAACACAACUGUGCAGAAGUGGUCUCAGUGCCAGGAAAGGAUAGCAAGCAUCAUGUCUGAUCUGAGUGAGAUGAAAAACAGCCUUCAAGAACCUAAAACACUGCAGGACUCUGAGGAGGAGAAGCAAAUCCAGGAAGCAGAGCUCUCUCUGCAGCGUUUGUCCAGUGGAUUGAGGGACUUGUCCACCAUGAAGACGGACCUGUCCCAGUACGUCGCCGCCUGUGACUCAGCUCUGCUGGAGCAGCAGCUGGAACAACUCCAUGGGCAGUGGGAAGAGCUGUGCACGAAGGUGAGUUAACGCCGUCAGGAAAUCGCAGACCGCCUCAACGCAUGGACCAUCUUCACUGACAAGAACAGACAGUUCUGUGAUUGGCUGACUCAGAUGGAGAACAAGGUGUGCCACAGGGGAGAGCUGAGCAUCGAGGAAAUGUUGGAAAAACUGAAGAAGGACUGCAUGGAAGAAAUCAACCUGUUCAGUGAGAAUAAAAGCCACCUGAAGCAGCUCGGUGAACAGCUGCUGAUGGCCAGCGACGAGGCCAAGCAGUCGCAGGUCCACGGCUCGCUGCAGGAGGUCAACCAGCGCUGGCACCACCUCUUCCACCACAUCGAAGCCAGGGUGAAGAAGCUGAAGGAGACCCUGGUGACGGUGCAGCAGCUCGAUAAGAACAUGAGUAACCUCCGCUCGUGGCUUUCUCGCAUCGAGGCAGAUCUGUCCCGACCCAUCACCUACAGCGUGUGCCACCACCAGGAGAUCCAGAAGAGGCUGGCUGAGCAGCAGGAGCUGCAGAGGGAUAUCGAGCAGCACACGGAGGGCGUAGCGUCGGUGCUCAGUCUGUGCGAUGUUCUGCUGCGGGACGAGGAUGCUGCUGGUGGCACUGAGGCGGAGAGCGACUCUCUGCAGGAGACCAGCCGCAGCCUGGACCAGCGCUGGAGAACCAUCUGUGCCCUGGCUCUGGACAGGAGACUCAAGAUUGAGGAAACAUGGGGACUCUGGUGUAAGUUCCUGGAUGACUACUCUCGGUUUGAGGAUUGGCUCAAGAUGGCUGAACGUACUGCUGCCAGCCCUAACUCUGCAGACGUCCUUUAUACGGUCGCCAAGGAGGAGCUCAAGAAGUUUGAGGGUUUUCAAAGGCAGGUUCACGAGCGGCUAACUCAGCUAGAGCUGGUGAAUAACCAGUACCGCCGCCUGGCCAGAGAGAACCGCACUGACAGAGCCAGCCAGCUGAAAGCCAUGGUCCAUGAAGGCAACAGACGCUGGGACACUCUACACCGCAGAGUGGCCUCCAUCCUCCGCAGACUCAAGUAUUUCACCAGCCAGCGGGAGGACUUUGAAGGCACCAGAGAGAGCAUGUUGGUGUGGCUGACAGAGCUCGACCUGCAGCUCACUAACGUAGAACACUUCUCAGAGAGCGACGUUCAUCAAAAGAUACUACAGCUCAACAGUUUCCAGAAGGAGAUCACCCUGAACACAGAGCGUAUUGACGGACUGAUAGUGUUUGGAGAGGGUCUGAUCCAGAAGAGUUCACCGCAGGAUGCAGCGCUGAUAGAGGACGAGCUGGAGGAGCUGCACUCAUACUGCCAGGAGGUUUUCAGCAGACUGGUGCGCUUCCACCAGCGUCUGAGCCAACCCCCGAUAAUCAAAGAAGAACCAGAGCUCUCCAGCACCACCUUCUCCUUGGAGUCGAGCUUGGAGCUGAUUGGUCGACCAUGGCUGGGGCGUAGCCAAGGAAGCCUCUUUGCCACGCCCACGCACCUGCUGGCCAGUCCGCUAGAGCGUUCAGGGCGGGAGACCCCCGUGAGCGUGGACUCCCUUCCGCUUGAGUGGGACCACACCGGGGAUGUGGGCGGGUCAUCAACGCAUGAGGACGACGAGGAGGCUGAGGACGACGACGAGGAGGGGAGGACUUAUUUCAGUGCACUCUCAGAGGUGGAAUUGAUGGAGAGCCUGGAGGAGUUUGUCGAGGCCCGGGAGGCCCUACGAGCCUCCUCACUGGCUUCCAGCAGGUCUCUGACGGCACUCGAGUCUCCAAGAUGGCGCUCACAGGGAGACGCAGGAACACCACCACUCCAGAUGGACCCAGAGGGCCACACAGAGGCUCCACCCACCAUGACUAGCACGCCGCUGAAGCCCGGAUAUCUGCGUCUCAUGUCUCAGUGCAGCGGCAGUAUCGAGAACAUCAAACGAGUCUCUCUGAUCCUGGAUGACGAGGAGCAGCCAGAGGAGCUCGGCCUGACGGGGCUGACCGCCUCGGAUAAACAGUCAGGUGUGAUUGAACGCUGGGAGCUACUCAAAGCUCAGUCCAGGAGCGACCUGCACGCCGACUCUCAGGAGCCUCAGCAGCUCACUUCUGACCUCGAUGACAUCACUUCCUGGUUAGAAAGUGUGAUCCCGCACCUAGAGCACCUCCAGCAGUCCGAGCCUGCAGUCAGCAUCGAGGAGAUGGCAGCCCGAGCCAAAGAACUGAAGGAGAUGCAGAAGACGUUCACUCACUACAAGUCCAUCAUGCUGUCUGUGAACCUGCAAGCUCAGGACGCUCCAGAGCUUCAGGAGAGACUAGGCAGCAUGAACAGAGACUGGAGCCGAGCGUGUACAGGACUGCAGGAGUGGGACACUGGUCUGAGGAAGACUCUGAUACGCUGCCAGGAGUUCCAUGAAAGCCUCCACUCUCUGCUGCUGUGGCUGGCCCACGCUGAGAGCCGACGCUACGCCAUCGACAUCAGUAACCCAGACACACCCGUCAGCACACUGCGACAACACCGCAGCACGCUCACAGAUCUGCAGGCAGAGCUGCGGUGCAGGCAGACUCAGCAGGCCUCCCUGCAGGCUCUGUGGUCUCAGCUGCAGCCGGAGGAGGAUGAGGCCGAGGAGAGCGAAGAGGCUCGGGAGAAGCUUCACGUGACAGGGAGCAAACUGAAGCUGCUGCUGAAGCAGGUGGAGCAGGACCUCAGCUCCCUGCCAAAAAGACAGGAAUGUGAACCUGCUGCAGACGUUGAGGGCCAAAGCGCCUGUGCAGACUCCUCCCAGGCCCUGACAAAGUCAAAGAAAGGCUCCUCUACUCAAAGAGAGAGGAGAGACUCGUCCCCGCCUCGCUCCUUCUUCUACCGGGUCCUCCGUGCCGCCUUCCCUCUCCACCUCCUCCUGCUGUUCCUCCUGCUCCUCCCCUGUCUGAUCCCCCUGUCAGAGAGCGACCCCACCUGUAGCACGACCAACAACUUCGCCCGCUCUUUCUACCCCAUGUUACACUACACCAACGGCCCCCCGCCCACAUGAGGAGGAUGUAUGUUGGGAAUAAGAGAAAGACAUUUAUUCAGUACACACUGAAGCCACCUUUUUGUUACACAGAACAACCAUUCUAACAUAUAAAGAGAUAUGUUGAGCUUAUUUUAAAUGAAAUCCAAAGUGCAGAAAUUGCUUAUAAUAUAAAUUCUUCUAAAUUUGAUUUUUAAAAAUAUUUAUUUAUUUGAUAAUUGAAACCAUUUGAGUGCAUUUUUAAUGAGAAAAAUCCCUUAUGUGAAGAAAUAAGGCAGAUAGUUUAAUAAUGCCAAGAUGUAAGCGCUGAUCAAUCAGUCUGCCCUUGUAGAGUCACACCCUUGAAACUUCUGGAAUUUGAUUGUAUGUAAAGAUGGACGGCGUGUCUCAACCUCCUCAAGUUGUACAAAAGUGAAGCCAAAAAAGCCCCCAUGGCAGGCGCUGGCAUCGUGCAAGGCCAAUUCGUUUUUAUGAAACACACUUUUGACUAGGGUUGUAACGAUUCAUCCACUACAUCGAUGUAUCGAUUUAUAUUCCUACGAUCCGACUACAUCGAUCUGUGCUCGGCAAGUUUGUUUAUAU